AUGACCUUGUCUCUUAGUGACUUCCCACUAGAAAUUCUUCGUCAGGUGUUCUCCAAUUUCUCUCCAAGUGAAAAGAGGCACUUUUGUAUGAAACUACCAACUAAUUGCAAAGAGCAAGAUCUUGUUAGAGCGAUGCUUUACGAGAAAGUCAAAAUUGGAAUCCCUGCAACACCAAAUGAUGAUCACCAUCUACUUGUUAAAAAAGAGAUUCGUAACUUAGCGAAUGGAAAUAUCAGAGCCUCCGUCAGCCUGCUCAGAAUGAACGUUAGGUACUUCCCCACCGAUUUGGCACCACCUUUACUUGAAUCAAUAUCUGAUUACUUUGACAAAAUUCCAAAGGUGGAGAUUGAAGGUUCCAAUGAGGACGUCGAUAUCUAUGCAAAGCGUAUGUCCGUCUGUAGUGUUGUGAAAUUGAAUUUAACUGGCGGUAAUUGCUUUGUUGGAGGUGACUACUCUAGCUUGAAACACCUCAAAUUCUGCUUUGAAGGAUCCAAGCCUCAAACCCACUUUCCACUCAUGCUUUGUUCCAAGUCGUUAUCGACAAUCGAGAUUCAAGGUAAGCGUAAACUGAAGCUAUUUGAACUACCUACAUUCCGAUACGACUGGAAGUUCCUUCCUGCCAAAAUUACGAAGUUGAAAUUUGAGAAUUGUAGAGUUGUUCUUUGCACAAAUUUACCAAAACUGCUCACACACUUGGUUCUUGUCAAUUGCACCUUGAGUGAUCCUGAACUUUUACUUUCCAAUUUGAGCCCUCAACUCAAGCAUGUGGAGUUGGAUAUUGGCUCCAAACAAUCACUAGCAGACAUUCAAUUUCCUCCAUCCCUAGAGUUUUUCAAGGUGUCCAAUUCUGAAAUCAGUGAUUUCCACUGUGUUCAUCUUCCCAUUUUGCUCAGAUAA